UAUCAGAAUGUCAGCAGCAGUAAGAGCACAACCACGGAGAGCCAUACGGUUACGUGCAAAGAGUCGUGUGUGGUGGUAAAAGACAAGAUACGGGAUGUGCGUCACAGGUGGGUCACUCCAUCCUUCGUCAUGGACUACACGUCUCUCAAGUCCCUCUACGCGACCUCUCCGGCAUUCUCGCCACUUAUUCCCGUUGGCCUGCUGCCAUACCUCGCAUUCAUUCUCUUGCUUCUCACUUUCACUCUUGGCUUCUACGUGUCAACACUACCAAAAGCAGCUUUACCAGUCCGCGAAGUCGGCGUUGCAUCCCUCGCCAGUGUUCUGGGUGGCUUUGGGGUCGUCGCGCUCUUUUGCACACUUGGAGUAUAUGUAUAA